AUGGUCGCAGGAGGAGCCGUGACCAGCCAGUCGGCCGUCGGCCGCGCGGCCGCCGACAAGGAGCACGGCAUCGUGGGCAUGCUCAAGAACCCGUACGUCUUCAUGACCUGCGCCUUCGCCAGCAUCGGCUGCUGCAUGUACGGCUACGACCAGGGCGUCAUGUCGUCCAUCCUGGUCAUGGAGAACUUCCAGGCCCAGUUCCCGGACCUCAUGGGCUCGACCACCCAGGGCUGGCUCGUCGCCGCCCUCGAGCUCGGCGCCUGGGCGGGUGCCCUCUUCUGCGGCUGGCUGGCUGACGCCAUCUCCCGCAAGUACGCCAUGAUGGUUGCUGUGGUUAUCUUCACCGCCGGAACUUGUCUUCAGUUCGCCGCCACCAAGUCCGACCACCUCUUUGCGGGCCGUGUCAUUGGGGGUUUCGGGAUCGGCAUGUUCUCCAUGGUUGUCCCGCUCUACCAGGCUGAGAUCGCGCCCCCGGAGCUCCGUGGCGGUCUUGUAUCUCUGCAGCAGCUUUCAAUUACUAUCGGUACCGCCAUUGCUUUCUGGCUGGACUACGGUAUGCACUUUGUCGGUGGCAGCGAGUGCAAGCCCUACGGAGUCCCCGAGGCCGAUUGGUACCUCGAGGACGGCUCCUUCAACUACAACGCCGCCCACGGCCAUCUGUGCUCUGGCGAGAAGGACAUUUCGUGGAGGUUCCCCCUGGCGCUCCAGCUCGUCUUCGCCUGGACCCUCUUUAUUGGCAUGUUCUUCCUACCCUUUAGCCCCCGGUGGCUCGCCAUGAAGCACCGCGACGAGGACUGCCUGUCCGCGCUCUCAAAGCUCCGACGACUUACACCCGAAGACCCGGUCCUGAAGGCCGAGUUCCUGGAGAUCAAGGCCGCGGUCAUGUUCGACGAUGAGGUCGAGUCGGAGCUUGCCCAGAAUGGCCGUCUUGGCACCUGGAAGCCAAUGUUCCAGAUGAAUAUGCUGAAGCGUGUUGCGAUCGGUGUCUGGAUCAUGAUCUUCCAGCAAUUUACUGGUAUCAACUCCGUUCUCUACUACGCACCUCAGAUAUUCGCUACAUUUGGAUUCACCGACACCACGACAACCCUUCUGGCUACUGGAGUGACUGGAAUUCUUCAAGUCUUAUUCACCUUCCCUGCUGUCCUAUACCUUGACAGAUUUGGUCGAAAGACCUUCCUCAUGGCGGGUGCCCUCGGAAUGAUGGCCUGCCACGUCGUCGUCGCCGCGGUCGAAGGCUCCUUCGAGGACGACUGGCCCUCCCACCGCGCCGGCGGCUGGGUCGCCAUCGUUUUCAUCUGGCUAUUCGCGGUGAACUUCGCGUACUCGUGGGGGCCGGUCUCGUGGGUCCUGGCCCAAGAGAUCUUCCCCAACUCCCUGCGGUCCCGGGGUGUCUCCAUUGUCGCGUCCACCAACUGGAUGUUCAACUUUGUCAUUGGCCUUACCACCAAGGACAUGCUGGCGUCGAUGAAGUACGGGACCUACAUCUUCUUCGCGUGCUUCUGCGCCAUGGGCACUGUGUUUGUGUGGAAGAUGGUCCCCGAGACCAAGGACAAGACGCUGGAGGAGCUUGACAUCUACUUUGGAGGCGAUGACACUACCAUUGCUCAGGAAGACAAGGCCAGGAUGGACCGUAUCUAUGCCCAGCUUGGGUUGUCUGGUGUCGAGAGGCCGGAAGACCUAAUGGAGAAGGAUGUCGCUGGUGUGCAGCACCUCGAUGCUGACUCCGUAACGAUCCCAAACAAGGCCUGA